AUGAUGCAUUCGCCUCGUGGCUGGCUUGCCCUGGUGGUGAUUGUGCUCGGCUGUGUUUGCGCCCGUGCCCAGCUGAUCACCCAAGGCUGUCCUAUGCACCUCCUUGAAGCUCGCGAAACCCAACACUUUUCGUGCUUCAACUGUACCAAUGACCUGAUCGCCCUCCGUUAUGUGCCCCACUAUACCGUGUGCACCCUCAAGCCGGCCUACGAAGUGGAUCCGAUUUGCAAACGCCGCGUCUUCUGGACCCGAUUCGUGUGCAUGAGCAACAACAUGUUUGAGCUCGAUUCGAGUGGCAAUAUAAGUGACGUGUAUGCGCGCGCGGGCUGCCAAGUGUCAUUCAACGCAUCCGACGCCUCAGUCAGCCUGAUCUGCGAUGGUCAAACCGUCGCAGGUGAGGAUAAGCUGUCAAUGAUGCCCUAUGGCGGAGCACCUAGCAACCUUAAGAAUCUGAUUAUUCGGCAUCAUCGCCUCGCUGACAUCGCGCUGCCAGCUACCCACGCCUUUCAGCUGUUACAAAAGCUUGAUUUGAGCCACAACCGGAUCAAUUUCAUUGGCUCGCCCGCCUUGGUGUGGCUCUUUGAACUAAAGUACCUUGACCUGAGCUAUAACGACCUCACCUCCCUGCGCCCCGCUCAGCUGCCCUUUUCCCGACGACUGCAGUAUAUGGAUUUGCGUGGAAAUCCUUUGACAACGCUGCGCACGGAUAUUCUCAUCUCGAGCAUGGCUGCCAACUGCACGGCCAUCUACCUUCCAUCUGCCUGCGGCAGCCCCUCACCAGGUCGUUGCGAUCAGCUACUGACGCCAUCGGGAUCAACUACAACCCUCGAUCCAGCUACAACUACGGCAGUUGACCUUGUCACAACUGCCGCACCCACAACCCCCGACGCACCCGUUUGUCAGUUGGAAGAUGCCGCGGUCGCUAUGACCUGCCCUGAUGCCAGUGCCCAGAUUUCAUCCUGGCAGUACUGCGACGGCCAACAGGACUGUGCCGAUGGGUGGGACGAACACGACUGCUCGCAGCGCUGGUUGACAGCACGAUCCAGUCUGCUUGAACCCUGUAGUGAUGGUGUUUUAUCCAUGACCUGGCACCGCGGUCACGCGUUAGCACGCCCGCCCAAUGCAAAUGCCAUGACCGUCUGCAUCCCUUUACUUUACACACGCUGGCUUGCCUUUGCGGCAGACACACCCGAAUGGAACGCUUCUGCAAGCGUUCACUGGGUGCAAGAGCUGUUUGACGAGCCCGACGGACUCUUCUUCGUCGUCUCCAUCGAUCGUAGCCGCAUUCGCAUCGACGGUUCCGUCCAGGGGAGCGUCAUCGUUGACACGCUCAAUUUCGUACCUGCCCCCACCAACGUGCCCACGACCACGUCCCGUCCAGCUGCCUCGUCGACGACGGCACCUGUAAUUGCUGAAGCCCGGGCUUCUCGCUCCGCCUUGCCGGUGAUUGCUGCAGCCAUCGCAGCGGCCGUGGUGUUAGUCGGCAUUAUCAUCUGGGUGGCCGUGCGUACUCGUCGCAACAGGGAUACACAAGUGCCUGAAGACUAUGAAACCGAGGCUUUGCAGCUCUUCAUCUCGUCCUACCCCCGUGCUGCUCGUGAUGUGCCGCACUUGUCGGCCGAAUGGUCCGCUUUAACAGCACGACCCGGGUUGUGGACUGCCAAUGGCACCACCCGUGUUUUAGAGCACCAACCCUUCGCUCAACACUACAUGCUUGCUGCCACCUCGCCCACCAUGCACGUGGCCUUGGCCCUCCCCCGAACGACGGCCACGGUGGAAGAGGAACAUGCCGUACUUAGCGCACUUGUGGAAGCGCGCAUCCUUUUAACCAUGAAGGAUCAUCCCAAUGUCCUGCAUCUCGUCAACGUCAUUCAUGAGCGUCAAAACAUCAUGCUCGUGUAUGAGCCAGCACGCCUGGGCGUCUUGAGCCAGGCGUUGAGCUCAACCUCUGUUUCACGUGAACAACAGCAAGCCAUUUGUGGCCAAGUGGCUUCAGCGUGUUCAUACCUCGAAAGUUUGGGCAUCGUGCAUCGAAACCUGGGAGCUCACAGUGUGUACGCCUGCCAAUCCAUCGACGAUGUGCGCCUUGCUGGCUUUGUUAUGGCCAAGGAUGUCUAUUUGACGCAAGAGUACGUCGCGACCGUAUCCAAGGGUCGCGCAAAGCUGACACCAGAUCGAUACUUUUGGAGCCCUGAAGUCUGGCGCGACAGCGUCUUUAGUUUUAAAUCCGACGUCUAUGCUUUCGGGCGAUUUUGCUGGCAAGUCUGUCAUGGCGGCCAGAUCCCAUAUGCCGAUAUGAGCCCCACAAACUUUGUGCAACAGAGUGUCAAUGGAAGUUUGCCAGAUCUACCACCCACGGAAAACGAGUUUCUUGAAGACCUGAUCAAGAGCUGCACACAGCUUGCCGUCAAAGCGCGACCAACGUUUGCCACGCUGGCAGCUGCGUUGUGGGAGGAUGAUAUCGAUGUGCUGGAGCCCGCUCUCAUGCAACGCAAUGUGCCUGAAAUCGCCGUUUCCCGGCUCAAUCAAAUGGAUGGUUUGGAGAAGGUCUACGAUGUCGAUGGCCAGCUGAUGGAAAGCAUUGCAUAUGGGCCUACGGACGCCGUCCUGCGCGAGCUAUCUUUUCGUGUCAAACUAGAUUCGGAGGGCCUCCCAGCAGUCUUGGGCACCGUCACCUUUGGCCAAAACACAAUGCUGCUGGCAGAGUAUCUGGCAGUGCCCAUGGCCAGCCAACUCAAUGCCGAAUUGGACGGCGAGAUGGCCUUCCGUUGGCUUCGUACGGUGCUGGGCACCCUCGAGUACCUGAGCUCGCGCAACAUUCACUUUAUGACGGUGCAAUUGGAGGAUUGUCGAUUGACAUCGACCAACCAGGCCAAGAUUUGCAACUGCCCUUUUCGGCCGUCUUCUGACGGUGGAGGUGAAGCCUCUGUUGCCAAGGCAGCCGGUGGUCUGAUCUUGGAUAUGUGUCAGUUCGUACCGACUAUUGACUCCCCCGAACUUCGACAGCUGGGCGAGGUGAUGAAGCGUGGGCGCCUCAAAAAGUGCAGUGAUGUCAUGUUGGCGAUCCAUGCAGCUGACCCACACCGACAGCUUGAAGUGGAUGCCGAUCGCUUGACCUUUGUGCGCCAACUAGGCGAGGGUGAAUUUGGCGUCGUGAGCCUGAUGACACUCCUUACCACGGAGGGCUCCCGACAUGUGGCUGUCAAAACGCUGCAUAACAUGACCUUUAUGGAAGACUUCAAGUCUGAGGUUGCCAUGAUGAUCAAGCUGCGGCACCCCAACCUUGUGGGUCUGCUGCACACCACAAGCUUUGGCGCACGCGAGCCGGCCAUGAUCCUCGAGUACAUGCCCGGGGGCUCUCUUGAGACCUGGCUUCAAGAGCGAGGCCGAGGCACGGGCCCAGAGGACCUGUUAUAUAUCGCCCACCAGGUGACCAAUGGCAUGGCUGAGCUGGCAAGACUGGGGAUUGUACAUCGCGACUUGGCGGCCCGAAAUGUUUUGGUUGGCCGCUGUCUCAACGUCAAGGUGGCCGACUAUGGAUUGUCGCGCACCAUGACUAUCGGGAUCGCCUCUUCGGAAAGCUACUAUCGCAUCAAGACCUCGCGGCCUCUUCCCAUUCGCUGGAUGGCACCAUCCUCAAUCUUGGAUCAGAAAGUUUCGACGCAAACGGACGUGUGGAGCUUUGGCUGCCUUUGCUAUGAGAUAUGGAGUUGCGGUCAGACCUGCUUGACUGUCAACGGCGAGCUCCGGCCCUCCUUUGCCACGCUCAGCAGACGCACACACCCCCAGGAAUGGCAAGCAUUGCUAACACGGACAGAUACACCCAAGCACCCGCUGCUAGCAUCUGUGUCGCAUCUCUUCUCUGGUCUUGAGCUUGAGGACAACGAAACAUGUUUGUAG